CGCUUCCUCUCGGCUGUGGUUUUUCUGCGCUUCCUGCAGUCGACACGCAUGACCCCUCUCUCUUUCUCUCUUUCGUUCGCGAAUUGCAAACAAAGCGAGCCUCGUUGCUUGCUCUCGGCCCGGCGACAAUUGUCGUCAAUCCGCGCUGGAUCUUCGGUGGGACGUUUGCCGCAGGACACGAUCGCGAGGAAUAGCAAAUGAUCGCUGCCGGGCUUGCAUAGUCGUGGUGGCGGCACGAAAAUGUACAGCGCGCGCGCGCUGAGACGCUUGCAGUGUUGAUCGUGCGAUUCCCACCGGUGGCGGAUAUUAAUAAACAGAGGGGGAGAGAGAGAGAGAGAGCGCGCGAGCGCGAAACUCGCUAUCGGGAAAGUGCGAACGAAAAGCAACAACGAAACGCCUCCCGCUUGGCGCACUGGCGAAGCGAAAGAAAGCGCGGUUCGCAUUCCAGCGCUAGAAUGCCGACCUGCUGGACGAGAAGAAGCUGCGUUCGGCUGACGACUGCGGACAUAGCGCGAGUGCUUACGGAGUCCGGCCGACCUUAACGCGUUCCUCCGAGCGAAGACGAAUCCCCAGCGAUUUCUCUCAGGGCUACUCCAGCAUCUGUUGCCGAGAUCGUAUGGAGGCGAGCCACUCCAGCCGCGCCGAACUUCAGGAGCAAACUCGGCGGAUGCGCGAGCAGAGAUGCCUCAUCGGCUCGCGUUCUCACGAGGGCUGGUGCCCGUCGACGUGGGACGGCAUCGCGUGCUGGGCGUCGACGGCCGGCGGCGAGCUCGCGGUGCAGCUGUGCCCGGACUACAUCACUGGAUUCGACGGACAGGAGAACGCGACGCGGCAGUGCAUGCCGAGCGGCGACUGGUACUGGAGCCCCGAACACAACAACACCUGGACCAAUUUUUCGCGCUGCUAUCGCGAGCGCUACAUUACCGUGGUGGUCGAGCUGCCCGGCAAUCAGGGGAAAAACAGCAGCAUGUUCGAGAUGAUGCUGCCGGCGAUAAAGGGCAUCUCGAAAACGGGCUACAGCCUGUCGUUCUGCAGCCUGCUGCUGGCCCUGUGCAUCUUCGCCAGCUUCAAGAAGCUGCGCUGCCAGCGCAACCUGCUGCACAUGCACCUGUUCGGCUCGUUCGUCGCGCGCGCGUUCGCCUGGCUGCUGAAGGAGCUGCUGUUCGUCGCGGGCGUGGGCCUGUCGUCGGACGUGCUCGUGAAGGACGGCCAGAACUACCUGCUCGGCGACAGCCUGCAGGACAACUGGCGCUGCAAGGCCUUCACCUCGCUCUGGCAGUACUGCAUCCUGUCCAACUACUCGUGGAUCCUCAUGGAGGGCCUCUACCUGUACCACCUGGUCUUCUGCGCGCUGCUGGCCGACCCCAACGCCAGCAUCGUCGUCUACGCGCUCGUCGGCUGGGCCAUGCCCGGCGUCUCGGUGGGCAUCUGGGUGGCGCUGCGCGCCCUCUACGAGGACACCUACUGCUGGACCACGCACGAGCACGGCCUCAUCUUCCAGGUGAUCCGGCUGCCCAUCACCCUCUCCGUGGCGAUCAACUGCGUGCUCUUUGUCAGGAUCGUGCGCGUGCUCCUGACCAAGCUCGAGUCCACCAUGUCCGAGAGGAGGAGGCGCCUGAAGAAGUGGGCGCGAAGCACGAUGGUGCUGGUGCCGCUGUUCGGCGCGCACUAUUCCGUCUUCCUGCUGGUGUCCUACGGCGUCACGCUGAAUGAGUCGCUGGAGGCGCUCUGGCUGCUCACCGACCAGGCCUUCGCCUCCGUGCAGGGCUUCUUCGUGGCCCUGCUCUACUGCUUCCUCAACGACGAGGUACGCGGCGAGCUGCGGCGCGUGCUGUGCCCCCGCCCGCGGCUCCGACCGCGCUCGGCCAGCAGCUGCAGCUGCCACACCGCCGCCGCCGUCGCCGCCGCCGCCGCCGCCGAGCAGCAGUCGCGCAUGGCCGGCUGCUGCCGCCGCCUGCUGGCCGCUUGGCGCCACGGCCGGCGCACGCUCAGCCACUCCGCGGCCAGCACUCAAGACAUCGGGAUCGAGACCCGGGGCGGCAGUCUGGCGAGCAGCCGGGGCUUUCUGGAGGUGUCGGGCGCCGGCCCCGGCAACGGCAACCCCGUCAGCUGCCGGCCGACGCUUUGCAGCGACGCGGACCACGGCCGGCACUCGCUCUGCUCCAAUGUUAGUACACGUCCUAGAGCUGCAACGAGCAACGACGAGAGCCACUUGCGACUGCUUUCGUGCCCCUCUCCCCCCUCUCCUCCGUAUCCACGCGAGGAAUCGUCACCUAGCCCGAUGAAGCAGCGACGCGCCUGAUUGCAGACGCUGGAGUGCAUCGAGCUGGAUCUGGAUAGGUGCGAGCGUCAGGACGAGAGCGACUCCGAGUGCUGCCGGUUGUCCUACGAGCUCGACCACUUGCAUCGCCACCCGCACGACACGUGAAACCCGCUCCACGACGACGGCUCGGCCCGACGAGCCGACGAGCAGGAGAUCGACACGGCGCUCGUCGCCGGGCCGCUGCGACGAGUGCAGCCGCGAAACGCGCCCACGCGCACCCGCGUACGUGUUUGUACCGAGCGCGCGCGUGGAUGCUCGCUUCGAUUUGCGAACUGACGUGCGCGUCUACCUCGGCGAGGAGAGGCGCGAGAUCUACCGAAAAACGUGCCCUAGAUGCCUCGUUCAUUACUCGUGUCAAUAGCACUUAUAUCGUCACUUAUGUUGUCAGGGACGCACUUAUGCGUCGAGGAGGGAAAUACGAGUCUCGCUGAGGCAAACUGUGUGCGCAAGUGUACGAAUCGCUUCGCGUUCCCGGACCAAUCCGAUUAUUAUUAGUAUACAUCUUUCGACGAGUCUAGCCUUGCGGUUAAUACGCGCAUACCAAUAUGCGAUCGCCAAUGCGAACGAUAUAUAUCAAAGGAGCGUUCGCGUAGCGAGAAAUCGAUAAGCCAAUUAUAAUUAAGCCGGACCAAUAUCACACUGUCCAUCCGUGAGCCGUGUGGAUGAGCAUUGUCGACGAUGUUUUCAAUACCAUUGCGUCCUAAUGUCAUUUAUAAGGUAGAUUUGUUUACCGCAGAGCUUCCUGGGCAGCGCGGCCAUUCAAUUUUCUAUCUAUUCCCCCCCACAAGCUAUCGAGUUUUACUUGUAUCGAGGUGCUUUGAGAGCAAGAAUAUCGAGUGCUGUAAGUAAUUGCGUGGUGCCAAUAUUGCUGCGUUAUCAAUGAUGCUCCGAAUUGGUUUUGUACAAAUUGAUUACCCGACUCUCAGAUCUUACUCCUUCUAUUACUGCUAGAUGCUAUCUAACCUUCGAUAUUUUCAAUCAUGUUUUAUUAUCAAUAGGAUUCAAAUUAUCGAUCAACUUGAUAUUUCCAUCUCCCGUGUACGUUCCAGAUAUAAUCUUGCGUUUACGUAAUAUGUUGUCAAACAAACUCAUGAUAUCGCAUCGUGUUUAUUGUUAUCGAUUGUCAUUGUAAACUACAACUCAUUAUUUAUUACAGAAAUAAAUCAUAGUCAACGUCGCAAUGGUACGUUAAUUAAAAACAGAUCCUAAUCUUUCAAGAUCUCGAGUAUGAUUCGUCAAAUUGUUUUGUAGAUAAAUCGAUCAGCUUACAACAACUAAUUCGCAUCAAAGUCGCGCGAAUAUUAGAUAACAUUAAAGCAAAAUAAUUAACCGAGUAAAUCACACAGCACGACAAGGCCAAUUCGGGGUGGAAAUGAUCAAAUAUAUUUUAUAAAGUUUUAAGAAUUUUCGAGUAUAAGCAUGCGAGCGAAUGAGGAUUUUUCACUGGGCGGUGCUCAGAGAUGGUUGUGCAACGGCAGAUUAUCAGAUAAGUUUUGAAACAUUCCGAGUUCACAAAAACAAAUGAUCGGGCAACAGAAGCGCUUUCAUCUUGCCGAGCGUUCAGGGCCAAGCCAAAAAUCUCCGAUCACGUGUCUUUUUGUCGGUAUGCUUGAGAACACUUCAAUUGGCAUUUUCAGCUCUCUAUGUUUCUAAGACAUAAAGUCAAUCUAUACACAUCCGUGUUAUUAAAUUGUACACGUUAUUAAAAGAUAUCAGAAUAAAAUUUUAUG